AUGAUCAGCACGGAUGGUGGCGGCCUGGGCACCAGCACACGCUCAAGCGCAGCGGCAGCCAGAGCAACGAACGAGAGGGGCGGUGACGAGGAAGAUUGUAUGAUACAGGAAUCCAUCUUCGAAGGUUCCACUGCCAACGUCGCCGGCAGGGGCGACAGGGGAGACACGCCGAGCGCAUUGGCAGCUGAGCCAUCGCCGGCGCAGCCUCCGGCCCCGCCGCAAGCGCUGCCACCGCGAACUGCUGCGCCUGUGGUCAUGCCGCCGGCGAUGCAGCUGCAGCUGCCCCCAGAGUUUGGGUUCCUGCCGACUGAGUGCGCCUUUGCGGAGACUCCCAGCGCUCUGGACGGGUGCCAGCCGGUGCCUACCCCGCACACACCCGCCCCGCCAGUCUUCGAAGGGGACGUGCGACUGCAGGCCUCCUCGUGCCGCAGCGCAGUCAGCGGCGGCGGCGCCAGCGACGCGGGCACCUCAGGAGGCGGCGCCGCCGCCGACGAGUUUGACCACGCCUUCGACGGCGCGGAGCGCGGCGGCCACAGCCACGGGCUCGACGCCGUGGCGCACCUCAUACACACCCACAGGCAGGAGUACCAGCAGCUGUGGGAGCAGCAGCAUCGGCCAGCGGGCUUCACCCAGCAGCAGCAGCACCAGCACCAGCACCAGCAGGAGCAGGAGCAGGAGCAGGAGCAGGAGCAGGAGCAGCAGGCGCAGUCAGGCCCUCCGCCAUAUGAGGAGCAAGUGCACCAGGAGGCCGCCUGGCAGCAGGCCCCGGCGCCGUACGACCCAGUUGCGCUGGAGGCGCACUCUGGAGGCAUGCCGCCGCACCUCCUGGCAAUCCUGCAUUUGAGGAUGCUAGAUUCUGUGCCCGAGACGGAUGAGGAAGGCAGGGACGAGGACGAGUCGGAACUGGCGGGAGAGGCCGAGGCUAGCGUUGGCGCGGGCGUCAUCGAGGAGGCCGGCGAUGCGACGGCAGGCGGCCAAUUGCAGGCGGCGCCGCCUCGCCAGGAAUCCCUGGAGUCGCUGCAACAGCAGCAGGUGCAGCAGCAGGAGCAGCAUCCGGAUCAGGAACAGAGCCAGCAGCAGGGGGAGCAGGUGCAGCAGCAAGAGCAGCAGCAGCAAAUUGCGACGGACAACAGCAGCAGCAGGAGCUGCAGCAGCAGCGUCGGCGGCGGUGGCAGCAGCAGCGUCGGCGGCAGUGGCAGCAGCAGGAGUGGCGGCGGCGGCAGCAGCAGCAGCAGCGGCGGCGGCGGCGGCGGCAGCACCGAUGGGUGUGCCGGCCCAAGGCGGCUGUCCGAGGCAAUGAGCCAUCCCGGUGCAGAAACAGCGGCGGCUGUCGACGGUUGUGUGCGAGAGCAACCGGGACUGCCUGCAGCUGACAAGCCAGCUCAGGGGCCGCUCUGCCUCGGGGCGGCGCCAGGGAAUGGGCGUGGCGCUGAGCUCAUACAGGCGCUGCGGCCAGCAGGCUCAGAGGCAUGCGCUUUGCCGUGUGUGGUUGUGAACGGAAGUGAGGAGGUUGCAGAUGAGUGGGACGAGGCGAACAAGCAGCGCCUGCGAGAGCUGCGGGAGCAGCAGCUGUUAGAGGCCGCGGCGGCAGAGGCGCAGCGGCGGCAGCAGCAGCAGCAGCUGCCGCCGUUGGCGGCCGGUGCGGCGCGCGCGGCGCUGCAGGCAGGGGGCGCGGUGACUGCGGAGCGCCGAGCGGCGGUAGAGCGGACGCUGCCGCAGCGGCAGGCGCACAGCCGCUACUCCUGCUUCUGCCUGCCGCUGCAGCGCUUGGCCGGCGGCUCCAGCGGCGACGGCCCGCUUGACGGCGCGCCCGUGCAGGAGCAGCGGGUGCAGCUGCUCGCGCUCGGACUGGUGCCUCUCGACUGGAGGAACCCAACCCACCAGUCCAUCAUGCAGGGCCUGUUCCAGUCCUGGACUGGCCGCGCGCCGCCUGUGCCGGGGCCCGGGGCGCACUGGUUAGAGCUCGGCUUCCAAGGGGAGGACCCCGCGACAGACCUGCGCGGCUGCGGGAUGCUGGGGGCGCUGCAGCUGCUGCACCUACCGCAGAGCAGCCCAGCCGGGGCGGCGGCGCUGCUGCGGCUCGCGCGCAGCUCUGAUCAGGAGUUCCCAUUGGCAGUGGUCGGCCUCAACAUAACGGCCUGGACCAUGUCGGCCCUCCGCCGCGGCACGCUCGACGCCGCCGCGCGCCGCCGCCACAACGGGAGCCUGGCGGCCGCUGGGGACGCGCUGUAUCUAGGGGCGUGGGCGGCGUUCCACGCGCGGUGGCGGGGCGCGCGUGCGACGAUGCGCGAGUCUGGGCACGUGCUGAAGCGUGUGGCUGGGGAGGUCGCCGCAGCGCCGCGGCGCAUCGCGGCGCUGGGGGAGCGGCCGUGGGCAGGCGGAGCCUGA